GUGAAGGGGCGGGAGGGGAGGAGGGGGCGCUAUCAAGCAGCAGCGAAAGCGACCGAAGGAUGCUCAUAAUUCAGCAUGCGGUGACUGAGACUGAAGCCUGAAGGCGCAGUGGGUCCGGCAGCAGCAGCAGCAGCAGCAGCAGCAGCAGCAGCAGCAGCAGCAGGCGUCCAGCUUAGAUGAAGGAUGAAGAGCCCGGUGCACAGAUGCAGGGAUGUGGAGCACAGCCGCGGGCAGGCCGGAACCGGGGCAGGAGGCAACUGCCUACAGAACGAACAGCGCAUCCCUAUCUCCAAAGACGUCAUCACUUCCUCCUCUGCCUCCGCCAUGUGGUUCAUCAGGGACGCCUGCGGCAUUGUGUGCGCCGUCAUCACAUGGCUGCUGGUGUUGUACGCCGAGUUUGUGGUGCUGUUUGUAAUGCUGCUGCCCUCCAAGAAUCUGACAUACAGCAUUGUGAACGGGACUCUGUUCAACACCCUGGCCUUCCUUGCCCUUGCCUCACACCUCAGGGCCAUGUGCACUGACCCUGGGGCAGUGCCAAAAGGGAACGCAACAAAGGAAUACAUAGAAAGCCUUCAGCUGAAACCAGGGCAGGUGGUCUACAAGUGUCCCAAGUGCUGCAGUAUCAAGCCUGACCGAGCACAUCACUGCAGUGUUUGCAAACGCUGCAUACGGAAGAUGGACCACCACUGCCCCUGGGUUAACAACUGUGUCGGAGAGAACAACCAAAAGUACUUUGUGCUAUUCACAAUGUAUAUUGCACUCAUCUCUCUCCACUCUCUGGUCAUGGUGGUCUUCCAUUUCCUCUACUGCUUUGAAGAUGAUUGGACGAAGUGCAGUUCCUUCUCUCCUCCAGCAACAGUCAUACUCCUCAUACUCCUGUGCUUUGAGGGUCUCCUCUUCCUCAUCUUCACCUCUGUGAUGUUCGGCACCCAAGUCCACUCCAUCUGUACCGACGAGACCGGCAUAGAGCAGUUGAAAAAGGAAGAGAGAAGAUGGGCUAAAAAAACUAAGUGGAUGAACAUGAGGGCGGUAUUCGGACACCCUUUCUCCUUAUUGUGGUUUAGCCCCUUCUCCACCCCUGACCACGGGAAGGCUGAGACCUACCAGUAUGUGGUGUGAGAGGUGACGCAGGGAACAAGGCGGCCGGGUCAGAACCAAAGUGGGAAGCCCAGCCCAGCCCCCACUGAGCUCAGCUAUGGCAGUCUGUCGCUCCCAGUGCUGAACACGAUUUACUUUGCAUCUCCCACACUAGCCAUGGACAGCUUUUCAUCUGCUUUUUGUGUUGCCAACUAAGUGCGCUAUACGUUUAUUUUUGUGUUGCCUUCAGUAAGUCGAGUUGCAGAGAAAAAGAAACACUUUCAGUUUGUGAUCCUGUUUGCAAACACUGUGAUGAAUCUGUUUUUUUCUGAGCUAUUUCUUCUAUUUUUCUUGUUUGUAUCAGGAAGCUCUUUUCUUGCUCUGUGUUUACUCUUUCUUUUCUUAAAGGGUUAAGGGCAGAUAAAUUACAAAAAAACCCUUCUUAUUCACACUUAUUUUCUCACUUAUAUGUGGUGGUGUCUGGGCAUGCAGGUAGUUCGGUCUUUUGGUGUCCAGGUUUUCGAUAUCUACCCUGAAACCUCUGCUUCCAGCCGAUACAGUAAAUACCCUGUAAAACCAGAAUUAAUGUAAUUACCUCCGUACAGCGACAUCUGAGGAACAUUUAAAUAAGAUGAGUGUGAAAAAAUAAAGACAACCAACCAUAUACUUAUACAUACACAGCAGAAACAUACGUAUCUAUGGAUGACUUUAGUAUAUAGUCCUGUUGUUUUAGACAACUGUAAUUCCAGUUCCACAAACUUGAUUCCUUCCAGCUCUAUCGUACUGUGGUGGCAGAAGUCAUAUUAGAGACACAUAUCUGCAUGGCCAGAUACCACUAGAGGUCUUUUUUGUAAUUUUUGGUGAAUUGACCCUUUAAAUCUUCCUCUUGUCAGACAGUAGUCAGUAGUGUGUUCCAGACGUGGACAAAAUAAACCUUUUUUUUAAAUGGUCUCCACCAGAAUGGUCAGAUUGAGGAAGAACAAUGUAGUCCUCGUAGAAGCCAUUCUGCAAACAGAUCCGUUUAAGGCUGACCCCUUUAAAUGGUGCCAAAUACAGCACGUAAAGGAACAGUUUGCCAUCAUUAUUGUGGCCAUUUAGUCAAUUAAGAUUGUGAAGAUAUUUUAAAUACACACAAGUUGCCAAAAAAGGUAAUGCUGCUUACAGUCAAGUGUUCCUUUUUUUAAAGUGUUGCAUUUGAGCCUUUGAAGUAUCCCUUUGACAAAAUUACUGUACAUGCAAGGCAAAAAGGUUUUGUCAUGUUUUAAAAUACUGAAAUGCCUUCAUGUUGCCCAAGUGUGGAACAUUCUCCCUGAUUCCUCUCUGAUACAUGCUUGACACGAACAAAGCUGUCGUUACAGGAAAGAAAUGUAUUAUAUAUAUAUAUUUUUUUUUUUGCCAAAACAAACUAGAAAGCAGAAUCGGUCCCUAAAUUUGCCAGCGUGUUUCAGCCGUGGCAAAUGCUCAAUGAAGAAGUGAAAUGGUUUCAGUUAGUAUUAUCAUCCACCUCGACUUGUCUUUCAACUAGAAAACAUGUUAGAAUGUAACAUAGUUUCAGGGCCACAACUAAAGAUUAUUUUCAUUAUUGAAUUAUUUGCUGAUUAUUUUCUUGAUUAAUUGAUUCAUCCUCUCGUCUAUGAAAUACCAGAACAUUACCCUGACAUGCCAGAUGGUUUGUUACACAGAACCAUCUGAGAAGUUGUCCUUGGAAACUGUUUGGGGAAAAAGGGCAGGCACU